CUCAGUAUUGCGAUAUCCAAUGGAAUAGUAUACGCCAAAUGUGAAAAUCUGGGCUCUCGGCUCAGUGACCCCGAGCGCGGAGCGUCAGCCGUCACGUGACCUACCAUAUAUUUAAGGAUAUCCUCUUCGAGGAGCUUCAGUCGGAGCACACAUCAGCAUGGCUUUACCAACUCCACCAAUUCCCCCGAUCAAGGAACCGGAAGUGAAAUGCACACAGAUCUUUAUCAACAAUGAGUUUGUUAACUCCGUCAGCGGUAAAACGUUCCCGACUACGAAUCCGUCGACUGGGGCGAAGAUAGUGGAUGUGCAGGAGGGUGACAAGGCUGACGUGGACAAAGCUGUUGCCGCUGCAAGGAAAGCGUUGGAGUUUGGGUCAUCAUGGCAGAAGAUGGACGCAAGUGGGAGAGGGCGCCUCCUGCAGAAGCUGGCAGAUUUGCUUCAGAGAGACAUCGCUUACAUUGCCAGUCUUGACGUUCUGGACAACGGUAAACCUUACAAGGAAGCUUUCUUCGUGGACGCUGGGAGCUGCGUCAACAUCCUGCGCUACUACGCUGGGGCGGCCGACAAGAUAUGUGGGAAAACCAUACCUAUAGAUGGUGCCUACUUCUGCUACACCCGACAUGAGCCGGUGGGCGUAUGCGGGCAGAUUAUUCCGUGGAACUUCCCCGUACCCAUGUUGAUCUGGAAGUUGGCGCCUGCCCUGGCAUGUGGGAACACCGUCGUCAUGAAGCCGGCGGAACAGACGCCGCUGUCGGCGCUCUACAUAGCAUCUCUUGUUAAAGAGGCUGGCUUCCCCCCUGGUGUAGUCAACAUCGUGCCAGGAUAUGGCCCCACCGCCGGCGCUGCCAUCGCCUCCCACCCCGACAUCGACAAGGUGGCAUUCACGGGGUCGACAGAGAUCGGACGGGUGGUGAUGACACUAGCAGCUCAAUCCAAUCUGAAGCGCGUCUCACUUGAGCUGGGAGGCAAGAGUCCAAAUGUGGUGUUCGCUGACGCCGACUUGGACUACGCCGUGGAGAUGUCUCACAUGGCGUUGUUCUUUAACAUGGGCCAGUGUUGUGCAGCGGGGUCAAGGACGUACGUCCAGGAGGACAUCUAUGACGAGUUCGUCAAGCGGAGUGUUGCCAGAGCCCGGGCCAGGAAAGUGGGAAACCCGCUCGACGACUCCACCGAAUCCGGACCUCAGAUUGAUGAGACUCAGUUUAACAAGAUCCUGUCCAUGGUCGAGAGUGGGGUGAAGGAAGGCGCCAAGCUGCAGUGUGGCGGGAAACGUCACGGGGACAAGGGGUUCUUCAUCCAACCAACUGUCUUCUCUGACGUCACAGAGGACAUGCUCAUUGGCAGAGAGGAGAUAUUCGGACCGGUGCAGUGUAUCUUCAAGUUCAAGACGAUGGAGGAAGCCAUUGAAAAAGCCAACAAGUCACAGUAUGGUCUCGCUGCCUCCAUUUUCUCCAAGGACCUCGACAAGGUCAUGACCUUUACUGGCAGGGUCAAGGCCGGCACCGUCUGGGUGAAUUGUUACAACUGGCUGACCGCACAGACACCGUUUGGGGGCUUCAAGCAGUCCGGAUUCGGCCGAGAACUGGGUGAAUACGCUCUCCACGAAUACACGGAAGUGAAAACGGUUACAAUGCAGACGACGUCGAAGAUAUGAGCUGUUGAUGAUGUCCGAUGCUCCACGACUAGUCUGUCAACACCUAUUUUAAUACCUCGACACAUCUACACGUUCAGGGCAUACGGUGUACAGAGGCCAUAGUAAUGAGGAACAAACGCUGGACUCUCGUUAUACUAUUUUUAACCUCCGAGAGAACUUCACAUUUGUGUACUUUUGAUUAAUUAGCGCUACAUAUUAUAUCUACAUUCAUUACUCAGUAGUUACGUUUCCAGCCUGCUCAACACAUGGGUGCAAUGUGUGAAGCCCAUUUCUGGUGUCCCCUGCCGUGAUAUUGCUGGAAUAUUGCUAAAAGCGGCGU